AUGCAAUUGGGUGGGUGGGGUGAGUUCCGCCGCGUCCUCGACGGUGCCAGUCUCCGCGUCCCUGUGUCCCUGAUCCUCCACGGCCCCCUCCGAUGCCGUUUUGAUCUUGAACAAGAGGGAUUUCGCGUCCGAGACGGUAAGGCCCGGUACAUUCCCUCUCAGUGCCAUGGCGGCGCGAAGCGGGGAGAGCUGGAAAUCCUCUGCAAUGAAGGACACAUUGUCUUUCAAAACACCGUUCGCAAAGUUACCGGUUGUUCUCGGCACGGCACGGGGACAUCGCCGCCCCACGUCUCUGGCACGGACUCGCGCUUUUCUCUCUGUGAUCAAUCUCUCACCUCGGAACAGUUCCCAUGCUUCACCAACGGAGUAGACGCCGAGAUCUUCUUCGAAUUGAUGACGCACAGCAUCCACCCGUUCAUCGUCCCCGUCCAGCACAUCGUGGAGACACGUCGCGAGAGCCACGACAUCAGACUAUAGACGCAGCAGAGAAUUAAAUAAACCCCGAGUGAAGGCGAAUGGCUGCAAGUGCACCAUGGCGCAUUUGCAUGGUUGGAAGCCACAAAGCAUGAAAAGACAUACCGCAUCAUUUGGACUUCGUAUCAGCUGGUCUCGAGGGUCUCCAUCUUCCGCAGUGUCCUCCAGGGCGACAUCUAUAGCGGCCAUUUACUCGCCACUCCUACCCGAAAGUAACCUAUCUUCUAUGUAAUCAACGCUAAACGCUGAAGUUGGGUAGGUAUGUAAUACUAUUGUAAGAUUAUCGACUGUG